AAUGUAGUCACUUCUACUCGCGAUGGACUGCCUCUUCACCCACGUCUCACACCGGCAUUCGGCAUAGCUGGUGCCUUGCUCAUUCUGACUGGUCUCGCAUACGCCUGCGCCAGCAUCAAGAUCAUGAGCAAUGGUGUCCAAGGCGGAUACCUUGUCGGGAUCGUCUUGCCCAGCAUCAUACUUGGCGGAAUCUUUCAACAAUACGUCCCAUGGCUCGCGAAACGUUCUGGGUGCGUCGUGGGAGGCUUCUGCAUGGCCAUGUGGAUCGAAGUCUUGUGUCCAGGAGGUCUCAUCACCUCAUCUCCAAUGCUCGGGCUGUUCAUUGCGCUCAUGUGUCUCGCUGCUCUCGCGCCGACAUUCCACACUGCUCUCACACCGACGUUCCUCACAAAGGCGAAAGAGCCAGCCUAUAUGGUCUGUUCAGCAUUUUCCGGCACCACAGCAGUUGUUCUGGGAAUCGAUUGUUACAGUCGUGCGGGGUUGAAGGAGUUCUGGGUAUACACAUGGGGCAUCAAAGCCGAACUUGGCAUGAUUCCUGUCCUUUUCGCUCUCGCAUUGGUGUUUCAAGGUAAAUUCUUCAAACACGUCAAAGCGCGUAAGGAGAGAAAAGCAGCAGCAGUUGCCCANAGAAAAGAAAAACACGAAAAUGAUGAACUUGAAGUUGGACGUAAUCUUCAAGAGGGCAUCGUCGAAGAGCGUGCAGCUUGGGAAGAGAGAUAUCGGGAGCCAGAGAAGAAGAAGCCUUAUGUCGAGCAGAGACAAGUCGAUCCACCAUCUCCUGCGAAAGCUGGUCAUAAAUUUCACAGCACAGCGAGCUUUGUACCGGACAAGAUGAAGCGUGACAAUGGCGCGGCAGCGAUCGCCGACCCGGAACGUCAGGACGAUGACAUUAUGCCCGUCGAAGCACCUCGAAAGAGCGCAGGUGCGGUAACAGACGACUUGCAGACGCAGCGUCCACAGUCACCACGGAGAUAUCCCAGUCUGAAACCAGCCUCAUACCCACCGCCACCCAGGGUGCCACAAGCAGAUUACCAAUGUGACACGUCUUCAGACGGAAGAGUCAGCCCUGUGAGCUUGGCUUCGGACAUGGAAGACCACGAGCGACAUGUGGUACCUGAUCAAGACGCAGCAGAGAAGUCCUCGAUCCAACUCAGUAAUCAAUAUGGAGACGAAGAGGACAUACCUGCAGUAACCAAGCUGUCUCAACAAGAUUUAUCAGAAUGGGAGCAACACAUCACGCAGCAACCAAUUGAUGAAAAUGAGGCAACCGAACAACAUCUAGCCCCAUCGGAUCAAGAGGACACGGACGAACCGCUCCAAUACGCACAUCAUGGACCGACAAGAAUGGCUUUGCGUGAGGUUCCUAACGACCCUAGCAACGAUGAGCCCUUACAACACUCCUCCAAGCUUGCCGCAGUCAAAAGGGAGGAGAUUGAUGACAGAACGCGCGAGUGGAGACAGACACUGGACCAGGCAGAGCGGAAUCCAAGACCCUCAAGCAUACUGUGUGGUCAGGAUUUGAGGGGACUCAUACAACAGAGGAUACUUCUGAACAAU